GAGUCUUCCCCUAGUAAUAAGAUUUUCUGUGCUCAUACAGCUUCCUAAUACACUUAUGCGCAGAUGGUUCUCGUCACGCGUUGCCCAUUCAAGUGAUGGUACUUGUCUCUACAGUUUGUAUACAGAAUAGGAACAGGCUGAAAACUUGCUGUAAAGGAUAAAGACUCAACUAGCGACUAGGAACUCCAGAAAUGUUUCCUGUUGCUGAAAGGAUUUUGGGAAAAUAGCAGUUGGAAGAAUUUCUGUGGCUGUCGUGGGGCUUCGGUGAGAGUGGCGCGAGGAUGAGGAGGCAGCAGCAGGCCCUGUCAUGACCCUGCCCAGGCCAUGCAGACGGGACUGGGGGAAACGCAGCACACCGACCCCCGGGCCCUGGUCUUCCUUCAGGCCCGAGUGUGUCUGGAGCACAUCCGCAGCCAGACCAAACCCACCAUGGCCAAGAGAGACUACCUGGUGGACGCCGCCAAGCAGAUUCGGUUGGCUCUUGACAGAGAGGUCAGCGAGGACUAUGAGGCCGCCUUCAACUACUACAAGAAUGGGGUGGACCUCUUGCUGAAGGGAGUACAAGUUGACCCAAACAAGGAGCGCAGGGAAGCAGUUAAACGGAAAACCACUCAGUACCUGAAAAGGGCUGAGGAGAUCUUCAUCUCCCACUUGCAAGGCAGCCUGGGAAGUGUAUCCUCCAAGUCUGAGGGUUACAGUAGCUUGAGAUUCCGGCCAGUCAGAGUCCUCAGCUCACCUGUGGAGGACCUGAAGAUGUGCAAGGUCAUUGGUGUCAUUGACAAGGUCCUUACUGUCCAGAAUUCUAUCACCAAGGAGACGUUUGUUGUUAAAAGCCUGCCAAAGUCCAGCUGGGAUGGUCAUGAGCAGCAGACUAUAAUUCCGCAGGGAGUGCCUUUCAUGGUGCAGCUACUGAGGUACUACGUCAGUGAAGAUGCCGUGUUUCUGCACCUGGAGCACGUUCAAGGAGGAAGACUUUUCUCUAAGCUUCACAAACGCAGAAAGGACAGUGUUAAGGAGCACCCAGAGUGCUGCAGUCCCACACACAGGAAGAUUAAGUUGAAAAACAGUUACACCUCUCCUACUUUGAGCCUGGACUAUGAUGAAAGAAGCAGAUGCACCACAAAGACUGCGUUCUUCACAGAGGACUCUUCACACCCAGAUAGCUCUGACACAGAAUCUCCAGCCUCCUGGGCAGAAGCACGUCACCAUCUGGAGACCUUUAACACACACUCCUACUCGGAGGACACUGGCUGUUUGCUCACAUUCAGAAAAGACCAGGUCUGUCGUUGUGCAGAUCCUCAGCGCUCAGAUUCCUGGGGUUGUUCAGGAUGCAACUCUGGAGAAAUGCUGAGUGCUUCAUCAGGUGACUUCCCACAGGAACCUCAGAGCCCAUGUCCUCCUCAUUGCGAAUCUCAGGAAACCUCUGCUCUCCUGCCUGACUGCCCUUGUCAGUACACAAGAGAGAGUCCUAAUAGCGCGUCUGAUGUUUCACCAAAGACUAUGAUAAAUGCUGAUUCUGCUGCCGAAGCCAGUGUCACAUGGUGUGCUGCUGCUGCUCGCUCCAAGGACUGUAAAAAGUCUGCACCUUGUUUUGCACCGAGUAUAGUUCCAGGAGGGAAGGGAGACACUGGAGUACCUCAAGCAAAUGAAUAUUCUGUGGAGGGUUCAGAUUGUAAGACUGAAUCCAGGGUGAAGGAGACUGUGAGUCAGGGCAUUAGUCUACAGUCGAAGGACAUUGAGGCUGUCCCCACAAAUCUGCAGUUUACUUCCUAUGACCAAAGCCAAGACGAUGGCACUCGGAAAGAGUGCUGUUGCGCUCCGGCCACUGGAGGCGCUUGUAAGCAGUGUGGCAGAAAGAAGAGUGAUGGAAUACCCAGCCUGGAGCUCUUCCCUGUACAGAGCAGAGGGGUCAUGCAGCCAGGGUUGCAAACUGGAGGGAGCAGUGAAGUCAGUAAGGGAAUGGAGGUGUCGCAGUCAUUCAGAUCUGCUUGCUCCUCUGCUUGUCCAUUAAAGGUAGUGGCAGGACUUACCUCAGGGAAUGCCCUUAAACGCAUGACUGGUCUAGCUCAAAGCCCAAAUGCUGCCGACCAGUGUGACCUCCUUACUGCACUUAAGCCAGAGAGUUGUGGGGAGAAUGACCCAACGCUGAUGUCCAGCAGGAACAUGGGACAGGGGGAGGAAGACGAAGGGUGGGAGCUACUGAACACAGUGACUGGGGAUCUUCCUCAGAACGAGGAGGCGGGACUGUCCAACUCAGGUGACUCCAAAGCUGUGUCGCAAUGUUUCAGCAGCAGAAAAGACUGCCAGGGGUUGGUGCCCUCCUCUGAUGUGCACAUUGAGGUGGAUGGCUGGUGUCUGCUGCCCAAGGUGCCCUCCAGACAAGCCACUAACAAGCCCAGACAGGCCUGCUGGGGCCUCCCGGAGGAUAAGGUGCGCUUGUGGGUGGCCCAGAUUGUGCUGGCUGUGGAGAGCCUUCAUCAGCAGGGCAUCCUGUGCCGGGACCUCAACCCGAGGAACAUCCUGUUAGACAGCACGGGAAAGGUCCGCCUGACCUACUUUGGCCAGUGGAGUGAAGUUCAGCCUCAGAUGAGCACCAAAGCAGUGGAGUACAUGUACUGUGCACCAGAGGUGGGAGGCGUUUCUGAAGUUACAGAAGCCUGUGACUGGUGGAGUUUGGGGGCUUUGCUGUACGAACUUCUCACUGGAAUGCCCCUUCGGCAGUUCCACCCCUCUGGAGUCCUCCCUCACACCCAGCUCAUCAUUCCCGACCACAUCAGUAUGGCGGCUGCCUCCCUGCUCACUGAGCUCCUGCAGUUCGAUGCUGGUUACCGUUUGGGCUCCGGAGGAGGUGGAGUGAGCGAUAUCAAGUGUCACCCAUUUUUUGGCACCGUUCCCUGGCACAAGCUGAGCAGUUAGGAGCCCGACGCCCUGAUUGCAGAGCUUACUAGCACAACUGAAAUGGAAGAAAAAGGGGCGAACCCAGACAGCCUCUGAGAGACAGAAACCAGUGAAGCCCUGACUGGCUUGUAAGAACCAUCACUUGAACUAAAACGAACAGGUCCCAAGCUGAAUGAGGGAUGGGGAAAACUAACUCAUACCCAAUGUUAAGACUAUCAUUUGAAUGAGGAUGUGCAUGUAAUAUGUAGGAACUGGAGGCUAUGUUUUAGUCAAUGUAGUGCUGCAUUGACUUUCUCAACAUAGUUUGAUGUCAUACAAUAUGCAGAUUUAGCGAUGAUUGUCUUUUUGGGUGCAGAGAAUCGGAGAGGUGCUCAGCAAAGAUGAGCUACAGUUCCUUUUUAAACCUAUAAAUGUAUACCACAAUUUUGCAUUCGGAAAAUAAGUGAUUGCAAGAAAAGGUUAACUGUGGUCUUUAAAUAAAACCUCUCUAAUGGGUGUGAACAUUUAAACUUAACCCAAGUUCCUGUCACGAGUCACAACUGUAACAUUAACUAGAUCAUGGCCAUGGCAUUCCGGGAUUUUUUUCAGGAAUCCAUUUUGUCACAAGGACAGGUCAUUGACUUUUCUCAGCAUGCAGCAACAAAGAGAUUAGGAUGCCUUUAAAGAAGUUUAAACAAAGUUGUUUUUGUUCUUUCAGAGAACUGAUUUUACCUGGCAGAUCUUAACUAUGAGCAUUUGUAUCACUUCAUAAGUUAUUAAAGCGAAUGAAACUUUACUUAUUAGCUGUCUUUUUUUUUUAAAGUUUUAAAGACGCAGUUUAUAGGUUUCUUUAAAUCCUCACCCCUAACUAUGUACAGUACCUGGUGAUUCUGACUAGAAAAUUAACUCGAACUAAUUUACUAUUUAAGUCUUCAGGCAACAAUCAGAAUCCCCUGCUGAGAAGGACCAUGCUCACUGUUAGGGUGCUUUGCAUAUGAUACAUGGUCAUAUAAGACUGGCCCUGAAGGCUAUGGUUGUAUUCCCACGAUCUAUGUGUAGCAGAUGAAGCAAAUAAGAAGGGUAAGAAAAAUGAUUCUUUAAAGUACACCUUGACAAAUUCUUCCCAAAUACAUUAUUGCUUUAGGAUUGUCAAUCCUAACGCCUAAGGAAAGUGCUUUUCUAACAAAAAAUAUAAAAUAAAAACCUAAUGAUAAUGCUUGAGAUUAAUAUUUUAAGCUUUUACAAAAUAUUAUUUGAUUUUAAAAAAUCAAUGUUAUCUUUAACCUUUCCCUGAAAUCGGCUUUGUUGUGCUUCUGAUUCACUUAAUUGCAAAUCUUAUUUAUAUUCCUUCUGUUUGAUGUCACAGCUGUUCACUUUCAUCUGAAAUGGGGAAUAAAACAGUCAUUCAUUAA